UAUUCCUAACUCUAACCUAGCCGCAUCCAACUAGAAACCCGAAUAUACAAACUAAACUUCAACUGCUUCUUUCCGAAAGAUCCGGUUAUCAUGGCCCGAACCAAGCAAACAGCCCGAAAGUCCACGGGAGGGAAGGCACCACGAAAGCAGCUAGCAACCAAAGCAGCCCGAAAAUCCGCCCCGGCAACAGGCGGAGUCAAGAAACCGCACAGGUUCCGACCCGGAACCGUUGCUCUCCGUGAAAUCCGAAAGUACCAAAAGAGCACGGAGCUCCUGAUUCGAAAACUCCCCUUCCAGCGCCUGGUCCGCGAGAUUGCUCAAGACUUCAAGACUGAUCUCAGAUUCCAGAGCUCGGCAGUCGCGGCUCUUCAAGAGGCGGCAGAAGCCUAUCUCGUUGGACUUUUUGAGGACACGAAUCUGUGUGCCAUUCACGCUAAGAGAGUAACGAUUAUGCCAAAGGAUAUUCAGCUCGCAAGAAGGAUCAGAGGCGAGCGUGCUUGAGAGAAGUCAAUUUGUAAUCUUUUUAGUGACUAUGAUCUUUGUUGGUUAGUGUUGACAUGUAUGGCUUUUUCUGAUGUGAAUGGAAACCUGAAGAUUCUGUUCAA